GAUUUGGGGAGCGCGAGGCAGUCAGAGAGGGGCACGAGCGUAUGCGGAAAGACAACGCGUUACGUUUUAUGUGAAAUAAAUUAGAAAUACAUGUCGUUCACAUAGCAACAGGCUCUUUGGUUCGCUGUAGGGUGGGAGGGGGGGGUCCAUCUUCAGGUUAUCCACGCACCUCUGUACCGGUUCACCGUUAGAAUAUCCCGGUUCCGUUGUUGGGAUGUUGGCGGCGGAAAACCCACCUGUGGACGGACAUCUGGCCGCAUCGACUCCCCGUAGGAGAGGGAUGGAUUGUAAAUCGAGUAACAACGCCAACAAGAAACUUAUCCAAGCUCGUCUCCCAUUCAAGCGCAUGAACCCUGAACCUAAAGAGAACCAGCCGCCUAAACGUCCUUGUGCACAUGCCUGCCCAAAAGCAGGAGUCCCCGACAGGGAGAAUGAGAUUGAGUCCUCUCCGCUUCCUGUACACAGUGGACGACCGUUGGUUAAUGGUCGGGGGCCCCUCGACGGCUUCCUGAGCCGUAGGCGCACUGAACCCUCGGAUGAGAACAUGGUUAUAGAUCUGACCUCGGACAACACCAUGUCUCCAGCAAAGCGCACUGUUUCACCCACCGUCGCUUCUCCCUGCCUCCAAGCAAAAGACAAGCAUCAGGACAAAGACAAAACUGCAUCCUCGGGGAAAACCGUCAGCGUGGAUCACAAUCCCAAAACACACACUUUAGACUGCACGGUAGACAGUGACAAUGAGGAGGGGGAGGAUGAUGAGGAGGAGGAGGAAGAAGAAGAAGUGGAGGAGGAAGAAGAAGAAGAAGAAGGAGGUAAUCAGACAGCAUCUAAUUCACAGCUUGACUCAACGCAGAAUUCUGAAAGUGAGCCAGAGGAGCAGGAUGAGUCGGGAAACGUUUCCAGUUUAGGAAACCAGUCCAUGCUGUCGGUUUCAUCAGUCAGCUCCACGUCCGAAGGUUCGCCAGAGAAGUCGAAGUCUGAUGACCCCACGCCCACUAGUACACCUAAACGGCCAAAGACCACCCCCAAGAUACCAUCUGAUCAGAAAAACAUCAAAAGACGCUCUUUGAAGAAUGAACAAGAGGAGAAACUCCGUCUGCGACAGGAGAAAGAUCGUCAGAAGGAGGAGGCUAAAGCCGAAAAGAUGAAACAGAAGGAAGAGGCUCGCAGGCUAAAAGACGAGCAAGAAAAGGAAAAACGAGAGAAAAAAGAAAAAGAGAAACGAGAGAAAAAGGAGAAGGAGGAUAAGGAAAAGGCAGACAAGUUGAAAGUGAAAGAAGAUCUGCGAAAAUCAAAGCUAGAGGCAAAGCUGGAAGAAAAACGGAAGAAAGAGGAGGAGAAGCAAAUGAAGGAAGAGGAGAAACGGUUGAAAGAAGAGAAAGAUCGCCUCAAAGCUGAGAAGGCAGAAAUUACACGUUUUCUGCAGAAAUCCAAGAUCCAACAGGCUCCAAAGACGCUUGCAGCCGCGUGUGGGAAGUUCGCUCCGUUUGAGAUAAAAGAGCACAUGGCUCUUGCGCCGCUGUGCCGGGUUCAGUGCGAGGACGCUGUUCUGGAGGAACUGGACCGGUGUUUGUUGAACCCGGCUGACAACCUGAACGGACUGAGAGACUGGAUCGGGCCAAAGCCCCGUCGCUCGGGACCCACCAACCCCCGACAGAGAGACUCGCUCUGCGAGUGUACAACCACAGAGGGGCCUAAACCAGACGGCGUGCCGGAUCGCACGCAAUGUGGACCCAUGAAGCUGCUGCAGUUCCACGCAAACUACCGUCCAGCGUACUGGGGCACCUGGAGCAAGAAGAGUUCACACAUCUCGCCUCGCUGCCCCCUCAAACGAGACAAGGAUUUGUUCGACUACGAGGUGGACAGCGACGAGGAAUGGGAGGAGGAGGAACCAGGAGAAUCCCUGUCGCAUAGCGAAGGGGAAGACGAGGAGGAAGCGGGCGAAGGUGACGGUGAAGACGACGACGACGACGACGGCUUCUUUGUGCCUCAUGGCUACCUUUCAGACGACGAGGGGGCUCCAGAGGAAGAGGUGGGCGGUGACCUGGAGAAGCAGAAGCUACGUCAGAAAGUGAAAGCAAAGGAGUGGGAUGAGCUGAUGUCCACCAAGAAGAGGAUGAAGGUGCUGGACCCGGUGGUGAGGGGCUGCGUCUGGGAGGGAGAAGGACCGGCCGGCGGUCUGCAGCUCUUCCGACCUUACGCGUUGUGUCUGGUCGUUCCUUUGCCCAAAGCCGACACCAGCCCCAGCCCAGAGGAGUUUUCACGGAAGCGUCAGAAGGAAGCACAAUUGCUCGGGCAGCUGCUGCCUCUGCUGCACGGCAAUCGCAACAGCAGCAAAGUGAUCAUCACCGAGUUUCAGGAGUUCUGUCGUCAGCAGACCUCCACUUCCUCUUCUUCGCCUCCCGACCUGUCCAGUCCUCAGAGCCCGGCGGAGAACGUCCCCACCAGAAUACAGGUGAAGCGUCUCAUCAAGAGCAACGCCGUCUACGAGAAGCGCUCCACCCACCGACGCUGCUGCUGGUACGUGCACACGGAGGUCCUGUCCCACUGCGGGCAGGAGGCGCUCCCCGUCCCCUGCCACUGGACCUACCUCACCACCGGCGCUCGAGAAGAGUCCCGCGAAGAACCCCAGGCAGCCACGGGCUCCCAGGGGAACUCCCCCACGACGCCGCAGACCUCCUCCUCCACCGCGUCGUCGUCCUCCAACAAGAGGAAGAGCACGGGCAGCAUGUCCAUCACCAAGUUCAUGAAGAAAUGCACCGACCGGGAGCAGACAGAAGCGAUGGAGGCAGACGGGUUUCAAGCCGACAACGAGGAAGACGACGAGGAAGACUGCGUCAUCGUGGCCACACAGAGCGCCUCAACCAGAAAGACCUCCUCCAGCGAGGGAGACUGUCUGAUGGAAGUCACCCCCUCCGACACGGCGGCCCUCCCCGUGGCCAGCGCCGCUCCAACGCUCGCCACCGCCUGAGGCUCCUCUGAUCGAGCUCGUGCCCCCCCCCCGCCCCCCUCAAAAAUGUCUACUUCCUGGUUCUGAACUCUUACUGUGUCCAAGACAGAAUCAUGUCUUCAAGCGAAGGGGGAAGCAGCACUCUUGAUACAGGCAACUCGCAGCAGGUGACUUCUGCUCCGCAUCAAGCUCCUUCUCACCUUUUUUUUUUUUUCUGUUUUUUAAUGAUCCUGGAGUCAUCUUUGCCUGCAAGAAGUAGUCGUGCCUACAAUCAGGACUGUCUGGCUUGAUUAUUACAGGGCGGUUUCGUCCGAUGAUCGUUAACGUAUGCGUCUUGAUUUUUAUUUAUUUUUUUUUCGUUGACCUGUCGUGGACCUCUUCAAAGUCUCUCUGGCGCUGCUGAGGCAGGUCGGGCUGAGCAGAGGGAGGAAGAGCGGAACGGAAACGCCCAAAUGUUCACGAGGAGAAGCGUUCGCGGCGUCUAGAACAGCAUUAUUCACGGUUCUUGAAAUGCUUGAAUCCGUGACGUUAUUGGAUCUCUUCUAGUCUGUAUGUGUGUGUAUGUAAAUAUAUAUAGUUUACCAGAAUAAGAGUCGGGGGAUUGGGGGGGCGUGGAGUCCAUCUUUUCAAUUUUCAAUGGGCGCAUUUAUUCUGCAAUUUCUAACUUCUGACAACCCGCUGGAGUAGUUGCUAGAUCUGUACUUGUACAGUUAGGUCCAGUGUCACAUUGUUUUAUAAAUAUGUAUUUUUUUCAAGAAUACUUGAACAGGAUAAAUUCAUUAAACAUGAAUAAAAGUACUGCACUUUUAUAUUCCAUUCA